CCGGCCUCUCAUUACACUUCCCCGGACUGGACUAUCACACCUUCUUUUAAAACCAAGGAUUACAAUGACCACAAGCUUUGGCGCGUUGGCGCGUUGUAUUGGCGGCAGACUGACCUGUCCUGAUAUCAAACAGCCCAAAUGAAUGACCCAGAUACAAAAUAUCCAUACACUCAGAAUAUUACGAUACAAAGUCCGAGGUUGAAUUAGUAACAUGCAUGUAGUUAUAGCCCUGUUGUACACAACAAUGUCAUUGGUGAACGUGGCAUGGAAUUUGAUAUAAUUCACGGUCAAGCACAAAGCCCGGUGUCAUUUUUGCAGCUGCAACACACUUUCUAUACUCUGGUUAUUCUUUGAAGUCGACCAUACAUGGCAAAGUGUCCAUUAUUGCAACUCGCAUUGAUUUUGUAAUAACACAAUUGAGCUGCUCAUUAAGGUGUCACUGGUAUUUCAUAGACUACACAUCUCCGUAAUACAGGAUCAGAUAUAUCAUUUGCAGAGGAAGCUUCACCUCUUCCAAUGGAUAGUACCACGCUGAGAUUCGACGCAUUCCGUCUUCUCCGGGAUAAUCUCUUCCCAAGUGUCCUUCUUGGUGGUGCGACCCUAUUCGCGAUCAUGUCUUGGCUGCGACCAAAGGCACCCAAACCUAUAAAACGUCCUGUGGAUCUGAACAACCAGUCAAAGAUAUUGGAGGGCGAGGAGAGAAUACAUGUUCAUGCCAACUACGAUGCGACAGUAUCAACGAACACUCCAGGCGAUGUCAAAACACUGUACGAGGUGUUCCUUCGGGGCCUGCGCCUGUCCGACAAUGGUGAAUGCCUUGGCUGGAGGGAUAAGGAUGGCGGGCCGUACAAGUGGAUGAAAUACCAGGAGGUGCAUGAUAAAGCGCAAUACUUCGGAUCAGGAUUGUUUUGUCAUGGAGUGAAACCAGGAACAUCUACCUUCAUCGGUAUUUAUGCCCAAAACAGACCAGAGUGGUUUCUGGCCCAACUUGCCUGCACCAUGUACUCAAUGGUAGUGAUUCCUCUGUACGACACUCUCGGCCCACAGGCGAUCAUCUUCACUAUCAACCAAGCUGAGAUUGAAACGAUCGUGGUAGACAACCAGGAAAAGAUAGAAAAAUUACUCGACCAAAAGGAUAACUUACCUUCCAUGAAACGUAUCAUUUGCAUGGAUAGAUUUGACGAUGAUCUAGUGCAAUCCGCCGCAGAGAAGGGCGUUUCUAUAUUCAAGUUUCAGGAAAUACUGGGAGUAGGUGCAAAUGACCUUAAAGAUCCUAUCCCCCCGUCCGCAACUGAUAUAAGCAUCAUCAGCUACACGAGUGGCUCAACAGGCGACCCGAAAGGAGUCAUGACAACCCACGUUUCCAUGAUGCUCUUCAUGAACUCAAUAGUAUAUCAGCUAACCGCUUGUGAGUUCUUCCUCGACACCUCAGACGUCGUCAUAUCCUACCUCCCAAUGGCUCACCUGUACGAGCAAAUGUCCCAAUGCAUCGUCAUCAACCAUGGCAGUCGGAUAGGAUUCUUCCGAGGAGACAUCAAGCUUCUCCUGUCCGACAUCAGCGAGCUCAAGCCGACCUUCUUCCCUGCUGUACCAAGGGUGCUGAAUAAGAUCUAUGACCAGGUUACGGAUAAAGUUUCAAGAAGCAAGAUAAAAUCCACCCUUCUUAAUAUGGCUUUGGCCAGCAAGCAAAAAGAUGUUAACAGGGGAAUCUACCGCAAAGACACCAUAUGGGACAAACUGAUGCUAGGCAAGAUCCAGAAUCUUCUUGGCGGUCGAGUACGGUUAAUCUCCUCAGCUUCUGCCCCGCUACGGCCAGUUGUGAUGCAGUUCUGUCGUUGUGCGCUGGGCUGUGUGCUCAUAGAAGGAUACGGACAGACCGAAAAUGUUUCCGUGACAUUCCAGUUCCCGUGUGAGACGGGGGCCGGCCAUGUUGGGCCUCCUGUUAUUGACAUGCAGAUCAAGUUAAUAGAUGUACCAGAAAUGAAUUAUUAUGCUGCUGAAGAUCAGGGAGAGGUUUGCUUCAAAUCUCCGAUUCCUCUCCUUGGCUAUUACAAGAAUCCAGAGAAAACAGCUGAAGUUCUCGACAGUAAUGGGUGGAUUCUCAGCGGCGAUAUAGGAGAAUGGCUACCCAAUGGCUGCCUGAAGAUAAUUGACCGAAGAAAGAACAUCUUCAAGUUGUGUCAAGGGGAGUACAUCGCCCCAGAGAAGAUUGAAUUGGUUUAUGUGGGCAGCAAGUAUGUCAUGCAAGUCUUUGUGGAUGGAAACUCACUCGAGAAUUGUAUCGUGGCAUUCGUCGUGCCCGAUCCAAUACCAUCUGCCGAGUGGGCCAAGAAUAAUGGCGUCGAUACAGACAUUGAGAAGCUCUGCUCACACAAGGCUUUCAAGAAGGUUGUAUUUGAUGAUAUGCAAGCUGUUGGGAAGAAGGCUGCUCUAAAAUCAUUUGAACAGAUGAAGGCUCUUCACAUGCAAAGCACGCAGUUUUCAGUGGAGAAUGGUCUACUGACUCCAACUUUCAAGAAUAAAAGAACACCACUACGAAAACACUUCACGACCCAGAUGACAGAGAUGUAUGCCACGUUGAACAAAUAGUCGCCGCAGUGAAAAGGGGGAUGACUCGCAUUUGGCAAGAACUUUUAACCCGUCAUGAUCUGCUGUACAGCACGAUUUUGUUCUUGGCUUUUCCCUUUUUUCCUUGGACACGAUACGUUUUUUUCUCAAAAUUCCAGAUUGAAAAAUUAUCGAGGGUGCUACGCCAAGUCAGUCGUAUGCUCCCCCCCCCCCCCGCGCAAGGGUUGGCAUAUCAACGUGUGACUCUUGUCCUGCUGGUCGGAAAGGAAAAAAGCAGCGCUGUCCACUGAUCCGAAUCCAUGUUUCCGGCUGUUCAAAUGGACUGGGAGACAAUGGUCACACGCUAAGCGCCGAGGAAGAAAAUCGCGCACAUGAAGCUGAUCAUGCAGGGUUAUUCCUUUCCAAGAACUGUACAGUAAUUCGACAAAUUCGCGGCUAGAAUCAAAUUCUUUAGAGUACCCUUGGUUGGGUGGCUGGUAUAUAUUGCUUACACAAUCCUUCGGGCUAUUGGUACCUUAUUUAUAAUGAAUGUAGCAUAAUUAAUCAUUAUUAGCUCACCUCUUAGCAGAGGUGAGCUUAUCCCAUACCGUGGCGUCCGUCGUCCGUCGUCGUCGUCGUCGUCGUCGUCGUCGUCGUCGUCGUCGUCGUCGUCGUCGUCGUCGUCGUCGUCGUCGUCGUCGUCGUCGUCGUCGUCGUCGUCGUCGUCGUCGUCCGUCGUCCGUUAGCAGGGCACGUUUCGUAACUGUUAGAGCUAUUGAGUUGAAACUUGGUACACAUGUACCCUUAUGUAAUGACACCUUGGAGACCAAGUUUCGGUCCGAUUCGUUUCAUGGUUUGGCCACCAGGGGGCCAAACGUUAAAAGUGAAAAUAUGCAAUAUCUCCCUUAAUAGUAGUCGGGAAAUUUUGAAAAAAAUAUGGUAGGUACUUCUAGCAAAGGUGCAUCAUAUAUCCUCCGGGUUUUUGAUUUGACCUCCUUUUCAAGGUCACAGAGGUCAAAUGGUGUAAAUUGGCCGUUAGGAUGUAACGAUGGCACGUUUCUAAACUGCAAUGACUAUUGAUACCAAAUUUGGUACACAUUUAUCCCUUAGUCAGGUGAUUUCAGGGACCGAAGUUUGGUCCAAUAUGAUUCACCACUUGACCACCAGGGGGCAAAAUCCAAAAACCUUAAAAAUGAGAUUAUUCCUUAACUUCUUGCCCGAUUGCCACCAAUUUGAUAUCAUGGGUACAUCUAACCACCAUACAGUAUAUGUCACACAGGUUUUUAAUUUGACCUUCUUGUCAAUGUCACAGAGGUCAAAUGGCGUAUAUUCGCCGUCAGGCCGUAACUAUGGCACAUUUCUUAACUGCAAUGACUAUUGAUCACAAAUUAAGUACACAUGUACCCCUUGGUCAGGUGAUCUCAGGUACCCAAGUUUGGUGCGAUCUGAUUUGCCGUUUGGCCUCCAGGGAGAGGGCCAAAUCCUAAAUUCUUCAAAAUGCCAUUAUUCCUAGUAAUGACUUGCCCGAUUGGCACCAAUUUUAUAUCAUAGGUACAUCUAAUUCUAACAACCAUUCAAUGUGUCACCCGGGUCUUCUUUGAUUUGACCUACUUUUCAAGGUCACAGAGGUCGAAUGUACUGUAAAUUGGCCAUUUUGGGGAAAUUGUAAUUGCUUGGACCUACAUCAAACCUAACUCUACAUGACACAAUACCAUGCUCUUUAUCCAUCUUUCCUCCACAUGAGGUGAGCACAAUGGCCCUGGCCAUUUCAUCAAUUUAUCUAUGAUGAGUAGAGCUAAUA